AAACUGCCAAACUGACUUUAAGCCAUAUUAAGAGUGCUAUGAAAUAAGAAAUCCAUAGCAACUAAACAAAUCGACAAUCAGUUGUUGUUUUAUUUUUCAUGACCUAACAUCAUCGAGCCAAAAUGGCUCUCAGACCAUCCAAAAUUAGCAGUGAAUUAAUUCAAACCUGUAACAAGUACAUUUCGAGAAGUGCCGGCUUAAGAACGCACAUUUCAGCCAACCUAGAAGCGCAACAAUGUAAAGAACCUGUUAAAGCUCAACAAAAUUUUCGUUACAAAAUAUCAAAUGUCACCAAGCCUCCAGGGGUGCCUCUAAUAAGUUUCAAGGAGGAAUCGACGACUUUAUUUGCGGACCUACAACCCUCGGCCAAACCGGAAUUUAAAUUUGACUUUAGCUCCCCAAAAUGGGCUGAAAAAGCAACUAAUAACAGCCCGUUCCCUUCCAACAUCAGACAGAAAAAUAGACUUCACGUAGCUUACACGGACCAACAGAAAGCCGAAGAUAAACUAUUAAAAUACAAAAUGUCAGGAUUUUCUCAAUCGAGAAAUUAUUCAACCACCUAUAAAAUCCCGAAACGAUUCUAUACUUAUCCCGCUGACAAUACAGGUUCAAGCGAUUGUGGUAAGAAGAUUGACAAGUGCGCCUUCAGGCAAAAAGUGAAUAACUGCAAGGUGGUGAAUAAAAACUGUCCUAAAUUUAAAUUGCCCGAUUGCGAACAAUCAAAGGGAUCCAACUGCACAUUGAAUUAUUUGGAUACAAAUUGUACAAAAAAGUUUGCGCCUUAUCCGUCAUAUAGCGAAGCCUGCGCAGAAGCGUUGCCAGAGGAUCCAUCUGAAUGCGAGCAAUGCCCGUGGCGUUCCUGCGAUGCUGCCGAUUCCAUCGAACCCGGAAAACCAGUGAGAAAUAAGAGAAACUACAGUACGUCGGCAAGACAUCUCGGUUUUAACACUGGAGUAGUUGUUGGGCCGACCCUGCCUCCUCCACAAGUUGUCGAAGUCAUGGAUUUAAUUUAUUUGGACAAAUGUAAUAAGCAAAAUAUUCCUUGCAAGCCGCCACCUGGACCGUGCGAGGUGCGCAAACAGAAGGAGGACGAGUUGCGGAGAGAAAAAGAAAUUAGGAUUCCUCCUAAGCCCAAGAAGGCUUCUGAGGAGAUAAACCGCAUGGUUUUAAGCGACGCUGCUAUUAUUGGGGAUCCUUCGAAUUCUUUGAGAUUAAACAUUGACCAAAUACCUGUUGGAAAACAAAGCUCUUGGACUGAUAUCGAAGUUGUUGAUAUGUUGUUGGACAAAAAACAAAAAUGGCCCAACUGCAAUAAAAGAAAGAAGCCAAAACGGCCGGACGAAAAAGCUCCUAGAGUUGAUUUAUCGAUUGAAUAUGGAAAUGUGGAUUGGUGGUCAGGGCGAGGAAAAAAGACAGUUAUUAUCGGAAAAAAGCAUCCGGAUGAUAAGCACGAUUGUAUUACGAAAUGCCCGGAGACUACUAUCCGAAGCAAACAGGAGGUGACAAAGAAGACGUGGUUCAAACGACCAAAGAAAAUUGACAAGGUUAACAACAAGACGACGCCAUUUCAGAGUCGAAGAAAAUAUUGAGAUAAAGUGUAAUAAAUUUCUGGAUGUUCUUAAUGCGUUAGUACAUAAUUAUAACAGGAAAAUGAAAAUAAAUUAAUAGGAUAAAUUAAUAAAAA